GCAUGAAUAAAGACCUAGAUUGAAUAAUGUACUUUUACAACAAAACGUUUACGGAGGCAAUCGUGAUUUAUAACACUGACAACCUAGUGUGCCGGAUGUAAAACGUAAGGCUUGUGAUGUCAUGAUCCGUAAUAUCAAAACCAGAAAUCUGCCGCGAGAGAAUCAUGCUAACCUUCCUAAUCUUUUAUUCUUAAAAUAAAAGUGCAGUUUCUUCCAUUUUUGUGAAGCAUUGGAGUGUAACUUGUCGCGCGGAUGUGGCUGUCAUGCAGGCAAUAGGUCUCAUUGUAUUAACUAAAUAAAUAUCUAGAAAAUGGAUGAAGAAGAAGUAUUUGAAGAUACUGCAUCUGUGACAUCAGAACCAUCAAAGCGUGACAAAGAGUAUAUAAGUCUUUCACGCUUUACUGUCUACCAUAGUGCAGAAGACAUUCCAUUGGAAGAACAAGAAGAAGCUGAUGGUGAUAAGGCAGUCACUGCAGAGAAUUGUAGACUAAUGGACAAACCUGCACAGUUCAGCACCAGUGACGCAGAAGACAAGAUUCCCACAAUGUCAAUUAAUGGAAGUUCGGUGGACUUCGUACUGGUGUGGGAAGAAGAAGGAAGCAAAGCAGCAUCUAGUGCUGCGGCAAAUGCCAAGAUAAAACGAGAGAUCUUUGAAAAACAUUUGGAAGAAGAAGGUCUGAUUCUGGAACAUGAAAAAGUGAAGCAUUUGAAUUUUGUGAAAAUACAUGCUACUCAUGAAGUGCUGUGCCGUUAUACUGAAAUCCUGAAACUUCGUAUGCCAAUGAAAGAGUUUGAUGGUACAUACUUAGAGGAACCUUCAUUUGACAUAAUGCAAGAAGUCAAAUCACUUGUGAAGCGUGCCUUAGAGUUUGUACGAGUGGACCCCAAAGUGUUCAAGCCAGUGGAACGAAAGUUAACUGCAGAGUUUAGUCGAGAUAAAGAAUAUUUAUUUGAUGUUGAUGCACCAAAUUUCUUCACACCUGCAGUAAGGAUCCUAGUUGUUGAUUUUAUUUUACAGCGGCAGAGAUUUUCUGAGGAUUCUGGGGAUUUAUUUUCAUUCGGAAUCAAUAGAUUGAUUACAGAAGGUGUUUACAAGGCUGUUUAUCCUCUCCAUGACGGCGAUUUUAGAGACAGAUCGUGCAUGAGAGGUCUGUUAUUUCAUGAGUGGGCAUCUGUGCAAAAAUGGAUAAAAUUCCAGCCAGUAGAUCAUGUAAAAGAUUAUUUUGGUGUAAAAUUUGGAUUAUAUUUUGCUUGGCUUGGUUUUUAUUCUCAUAUGUUGAUACCUGCUUCAAUAGUUGGUCUUAUAUGUUUCUUCUAUGGAGUCUGUACUAUGUUUUCGAAUCGCUUAAGCCAAGACAUUUGCAAUGAAAGCUUAAACAUUACAAUGUGUCCACUAUGUGACAGAACAUGUGAAUAUUGGAACCUAGCAGAGACAUGUACAUAUGCACGCAUCACAUACUUAUUUGACAAUCCAUUUACUGUGUUCUUCGCAAUAUUUAUGUCCUUUUGGGCAACACUGUUCCUGGAACUGUGGAAACGGUAUUCAGCUAGCAUAGUACAUCGCUGGGGGCUCACUGGCUUUGAUCUCCAGGCUGAGCACCCCCGUCCAGAAUAUCUGGCACGUCUUUCUCAUGUGAAGCGCAACAAAGUGAAUGUCGUUACUGGACUGGAGGAACCCUAUGUGCCAUUCUGGAAAGUGAGAGUGCCUGCAACCAUUCUGAGCUUCUCUGUUGUUUUGCUUCUGAUUGCUUUGGCCGUUGGUGCUGUUUUUGGAGUUGUACUUUAUCGUAUGUCAGUUUUGACCUCACUGUCACUGUAUCCAAAUAAUGAUGCCACGGGGUACAUAACUAUGUUUAUACCAGCAACAGCAGCUACAAUCAACUUGAUAUGCAUUAUGACUCUUAACUGGUUCUACGACUGGCUAGCAGUUCGCCUCACUGAAUGGGAGCUUCUUCGUACACAGACAGAAUUUGAUGACAGCCUUACAUUGAAGAUCUAUCUAUUUCAGUUUGUUAACUACUACACAUCUAUUUUCUACAUAGCAUUUCUCAAAGGAAAAUUUGUGGGUUAUCCCUCAAAAUACAACAGAAUUCUUGGUUAUAGACAAGAGGAGUGCAGUCCAGGUGGUUGUCUUAUGGAAUUGUGUAUACAGCUAGCUAUUAUAAUGAUUGGAAAGCAAGCAAUGAAUAGCAUACUGGAAAUGGUCAUACCGCUGCUACAGAAAUGGUACAACACUUUCAAACUGCUAACUGGACUUGGAAAAGAAGAUGAUGCAAAAGCUGUGAGCAGCACUCGCUGGGCCCAAGAUUAUAGGCUUUUGGACUGGGGUCCAAGAGGACUUUUUCCAGAAUAUCUGGAAAUGGUUUUACAGUAUGGAUUUGUUACAAUUUUUGUCGCGGCCUUUCCACUGGCUCCAUUCUUUGCGCUUCUCAAUAAUGUGCUUGAAAUGAGACUGGAUGCAAAGAAGUUCCUGAAAUUUUAUAGGCGUCCUGUGCCUCACAGAGUUAAAGAUAUAGGAGUAUGGUUUCGCAUACUUGAUAUAAUUGGAAGACUAGCUGUUGUGACAAAUGCAUUUAUUAUUGCAUUUUCCUCAAAUUUCAUUCCACGUCUAGUGUAUAUGUCAGUGGUCAACCCAAACCAUACAGAUGAGGGUUUCCUGAAUCAUUCGCUAGCAUAUUUCAAUACAUCAGAUUUUCCAUCACACUAUGCGCCCCGCCAUCCAGAAAAUGUCACAAUGUGCAGGUACUUAGAAUAUCGCAAUCCUCCUUGGGACCCUCGUCCAUAUAAGCGGCCACCCAUUUACUGGCAUGUUCUGGCAGCAAGACUGGCAUUUAUAGUUGUUUUUCAGAAUGUUGUGGGAGUUGUGAUGGCUGCAGUGGAGUGGUGUAUACCUGACAUGUCUCGGAAACUGCGGGAUGAAAUAAGACGUGAAGCAUAUUUGACAAAUGAAAUCAUCAUUAAACAGGAGGCAAUGAGAGCUCGUGCUCGCUUGAGUCAAGUCAGUUCCGGGGAAUUCUUGGAAGCUGAGAGAAAAGGGGGAUCUGGUGAAAAUGGAGUUAGACAUCGUGAAGGCCAAUGGAACAAUCUUGUUGUUUGAGUUGCAAGUUAUUUAUUAUUUUCUUAAUAAGGUAAAGUGCAUAAAAAAACCACUGUUGUAACUUUACAGGCUUUAAGCAGUUAAUUUAUUAAAAAAUAUAAGUGGCUUAUGUCAAGAGAAGCCAGCACUGUGAAUUUUUUUUAUAAGUUCCUUUUGGUAUGUUUUACUCUGAGGAAGUAAUAAUCACAUUCGAUUUCAUAUUUACUUCAGAUUACUAAUAAUGUUAUGUAAAUGUAUGAAACUGCUUCUAAUGUUGUAGAAUGUGAAAGUUUUCAACAAAGAUCUAUAUCCUCAAGGCUAUUUUGUAUAUAAAGUUGUAUUCUAAAGAUAAGAGGCAGUAAAAAUUUUGUGGUCACAUAUCUAUUAUUGCCAAUAUAUUUAUAUUUAUUAACAUAUUUCAGAAUUUCAUAUCUUCAUUGCAAUAAGAGGAACAGAUCUGAAAUAUAUUUUGCUACUGAAAUAGCGAAAGUUUAUGAAAAAAAUGUAGCAGCUAGGUUUUUACAUGAAAAAGCAAUUUGGUAUUGCUUUUCAAGUUGUCAGUUGGUCAGUAAAGAGUCCUUUUUAUUUUGUUUAUGAUGGAAUUGAAUUCUGUCAAUUUUGAUAAGUAGUUGAGGCAAUGUGAAGUUUAAGCUUUCCAUAGUGUACAUUGUAAAUGUGUGUUGUGGUACUGAAUGUUGGUACUUAAAUUUUUAUUGUUGAAUAAUGGAUGAACAAUUUUAUGAUGUGUUGUUUGUAAUAUGAUUUUUAUAUUCUACUCAGUAAAUGAUAAUGAAGGGAUAGUCUAGCUUUCAUUUGUAUAUUUAAAUGUUACAGAUGUUUUUAGACAUUUUAUAAUUUUUUGCUAAUCCUUUAAUUAUUGAUAUAAAUACAUCACAAUUUAUAUUAUUUAUAACAAAAAAUAAUGUAGUGUAAAAGUUUCAGUUCAAUGAAAGUGAUUCCAAAUUUGCAUUUAUAAUGUGAUUUAUGAAAAGAAGCAGAUCCUACUGCCAAAAUACUUUGUCGUUUUAUGUGAUGUAUGCUUUGUGCCUGCACUUUAAGCUUUCUCUGGUACCUGAAAUUAAUGUUAGUUUGAUAUGCAUUUAAUUAAAGGAAAACAGUCUUGUCAUAGGCAUCAUAGUGCAUAUAUAUUUCAGUGAAAAUGUUAUUGUACAGAAAGUUAUACAUAAAGACACUUUUAUAAACUUUUAUUGAAAAUUAUGUUCCACUUAUUAAAAUGCAGUAAUACAAUAUUUUCUGUAACUGGUAAUCUUUUUGCCUGUAUGACAACUAAUCAGAAAUUUACCAAAAGUGUUUGUAGACUGGUUGUUCUGCAUGUCACCUAUAUUUAUAUUCUUCCAGGUAAUGUGUAGGGUUGUGAAUAAUUGAAUCAAUAUAAGUUAUGAACUCCAUAGGAAUGUAUUAGGAUGUGGUAAGCACUGUGAAAUGGGUACCCAUGUGUAUCAUUAGGGAGCAAAAAUUUGCGUGAACUACUAAUAGAUGCUGUUUUUCACGAUAAAGGAUGACAGCCAAAAACAGUUGCAGGAUAAAAAUUUAUUAAAAUUCUUGACCAAGGUUUCGGUACAUAUAAAUAUACCUUCAUCAGAAGUAAAAAAUCUAAAAUUACAUCAUGCAAUGGAGAUUAAUAAAACAAUUGUGCCAAAGGUGUCGUCAAUAAUUGAGACAUCUUCUCCAUUUGUACAACAUGACUAUGGGCACAGGGUCAAAGCGAACAGUUUAGCACCAUUACUUCGCGUGUCAUCCUUUAUCAUGAAGAAUUUCAACAGUUGCUGUUGCAGCCAUGGUUAAAAUCUUGAAAGAUUCAAUUUUGAGAUAACUGAAAAAUAAGUUAAGUGGAAUAACUGCAAAGCUGCACAUGGAUGCCAAACAAUAUAAAAGAGAAAUUUUUUCUGGUUGCAUUGGGGUUCAUUUUGAUCUCCUGCUAUAAUUGUCUGUAUUUCAGUAAUCUCUUACAAAAAUCUUACAGGUACUGCUAAAUUUAUCUUUACCUGUAAUAAAUGGAACCUGACUUCCACCAUGUCAGUUAAGGGAGUUUGAAAUUUUAGAGUGCUGGUCAUUAUUAUUAUUACCUACUGUGACAUUAUGUAGUACAUACUGUCCUGUGCCUCUUUGCCUGAGAUUAAGGUUUUUGUUUCCUAUGUGAACUCAUACUGUCCCAUUAAUAGCUUCAUAAGCUUCGUCUCAGACUUUACACCCAUGUAAUUCUGACCGAACAACUCAUUAUUUGUUACAUGAACUCAAUGAUGAGCUCUUUUUGCCAUGUUCCUGUACAUUAUAAAAAAGGAGCGACAAAAUAUCUACGUACAGAACCAGUGACAGCUCAUCUGUUUAGCCAUUUACACCACAACUGCUUACUACAAUUCAUUUCUGGAGAUCUGCUAAGGCCUGUGUACCACGACACAGUAAUAUCCACUUCGUAAUGGCAUACAGUCAACUUAGAAAAGGUUUGAAUAAAAUGUUACAUUCUAGCUACUCUAGAAUUAUGAUUACUUUAAUAGUUCCUUGUUUUUCUUCUGUUUAAUUACUCUGCCAACAUCUUGCCAAAUGUAUGAAUCUCUUUUUCAUUUGUGCCUUUUAGUUGCAAAUGUCAAAACGUUUUUUUAUGACUAAGAAAUGCUAAUUUAAAAUGUGACAUUUAAACUGUUAAGGCUGUAAAUUCAAUCAAAAUUUAGAUUUUUGUAAUAAAAAUAUUUACCUAACAAUUUGGGGUCAAAUGCUUCAGCUGUAUGUUAUUCUGGUCUACUUGAAAAUAUUGCCAGUGUUUCCCAGGUGACCAUACACCCCAAAAGUUGUACAAAUACUAAAACUGAGGUGUAUUUUCUGGCCAGUAAAUAUCUUCAGGAGCGGAAAUUUAAUUAAUGACACAUGUGUACCCUACACAACCUUUUAGAACCAAAAGUUUCUUCCUUGGGUCGUAGAGAAGGAAAUGUUGGGGAUGACAAAGAGAAAGGGCAGGUUACUCAGACGCCAGAAUGAGAGGGCUUCUGUUGUGAGGACGGGGGAAAAAUAUAAGGGUCUUAAAUUGAAUAGGAUGUCCAUCACAGUCUAAGAAAUCCAGCAAGGUGUGUAUUAUAAGCAAAAUUCAGUUGAAUACAAAGAUAGCUGAUUCAAACAAAGUAUGAAUUAAAUUGUAUUAGUUGAUAAUGACUUUGCUGAAGAUGUAAUCACAUUCGGAACUAGACCCAAUCAUCUAAUGUCUUCAGUUGAAGAAAAAAAUCAAUGAAGGAAAACACCAAUUUCCAUCUACAGUCUUCUGCUGUUGACUUUCUAUUCAGAAGUAGAAUAAUACUAUAUUCAGUCAUUUCUUUGCUAGUGAUCUAUGUUUUUAAAGUAUUUCAGUGACAUAUAUUUGUUGUCAGCAGAAUAUUUACUUGUUGUUUGAUGUGCUGAAACCAUGAUGAUUAAAAAAUAUUAGAGAAGUUAAUGGGCAGAUUAGUGUUCAUGUAAUCCUCUCAACAUAGCACAUUUCCAAAUUCUAAUGUAUGUUUACUAUUCAUUGAUAGCCAUAGAUAAAAGUGUCUUGGCUAUGUCAAACUAUCCAAUAUACAGAUUAUUGUGUUUUAAAAGGAAUUAAUUGGAAAUGUUUCAUUCUGACUUCAUCAUCAUACUGUUGUUGACCUCAGUUAAAAAUCAAAUAAAUAGAUGGGCAAUUUUUACGUCAUCUUGAAUUUGACUGUCUGUCUAGUGUUGCAAACAAAGUAUAAUUACAGACACAUUAUAAGCCGCAAAACAUACAAAAAUGGAUGGCAACCUUCAAGAGAGAUGCAUUGUGGAAAACAUUAAGAGCAGUCUAAUCCAUGAUAACAGUGUAUUUGAUAUCAACUUUGCUUGAAGCAAAAAUUUCUUGAGAAAGCUUUAUUUUGGUUAAUGUCAGUCUUGAGUGACCAGCUAAGAUCUACCCAGUUUUUUCAAAUGGUAGACAGGUUGUAUGCCACUCACCAAUUUUCUAUAAGUGAGAGAGCGGUUGACUUUUGUUAUUUUCAUUUAUUGUAUCACCCUACAAAUUUUAUCAUCAUAAUAGUUGCCAGAAGUGCAUAAAAUAUCUAACACUUUAUCUAAGUUGUGUUUAUGUUGUAUGCAAUGCUAAGAGUCAUCACAGAUGCUGACAGAAACUGUGCCGAGUAUGGAAAUUAAAAGUGCAGCACAAAUAACUAGCAAAUUUUAUUAAGACAUAAAAUGUUAUGAAUAGAUAAUCUCCUCAAAGUCAGUGUAAAAUAGAGUGCAUCUGUGUAAGAGCCUCUGCCACUCAUGUAAUCUGAAAAUAUCAAGUGUUACCAACAAUUUGAUCACUGGUGCAUUCUGAUAUGUGAAGAGCUUUUUUACUGCUUUAUAAUGAUGUACACUUUUCUAAGUUUGUACUCUACUUCAUUUAAUGGUAUGCAGAUAUAUAGAAAAUGAAGUUAUGACUGAGCUACAAUAUUGUCAUGUACCAUAUUUUUAUUCUCAAGGUAACUGGUAAUUUACUGUGUGUGUGUGUGUGUGUGUGUGUGUGUGUGUGUGUGAUACACAGCUUUGACAACUGUUUAUCUUGUCUUAUAAUGUAAUAAGUUUUUUUAGUAACUGUGUCAUUAGAAGACUGUAUUCAUAUUCCAUUUGUUGCUUCACCCUCUCACUGCUGUCGGCGUGUAUACAUGUUCUGCAGUGCUGUUACACAGGUGCUGUGUAUGUGCAACACUUAGGUUUUAUCUACAGUGCUAUGGAUGUCUGCAUGCGUCCUGAGCCACAAACCUCUCACUGUGGACAACUUUCUUCCAUAUCUCAGUGAUUACAAAAGUUUUGAGUAUUUGUCAUACAACAUAUUUGCCUCAUUUGCUAUCACUUGCAAAAAACUUCAUUUUGAUAUCAUGAAUCAUUUGCGGUAUUACAAUUGUUAUGGCUACAUGAUUCAUGACUAGGUGCAUCAGGCGUAGCAAUCCUUUGCGUAUAAAAUCAAGUAACUUGAGAAUGAAAUGACAUACCGUUGUGAUUGCAGUUUUAAAUGAAAUUUUGAUAUCUUUCCUACAUUUCAUUCACUGCAUUGUAUGAGAUAAAAGCAACCAUAUACAAAGUUUACACAGUGCGUUUCAUCUCGGCAAACUCUUUUAAAUUUUGUGCAGAGUUUUAUUUAAUUUGAAGCAGUGCAGUAAGUGUAAUGGAAACACAAGAAAUGCAGUUCUUUUUCAAGUGAAUAUAUCAGACUGUAAGGCAUACAAAAAUCAAUUUUUUUCAUCCAGUAGUUUUUGAAAAAUCAGAUUAUGAGUAUUUCAUAGUGGCUGGAAUGAUGUCUCUCAGCACAGGCACCAGCAUUUGGUGCACUGGUGCACAGUACAUCCAUGACAAAAGCCUGCUCAUCACAGAAUGUAGAGGGCACGCCAUAGCAGUUAAAGGGUUAAAAAGCAUUUAAAAACUCAGGGACAGGAUGUUUACUUAAAAUCACUACAAAUUUUGGUUUUAGCCCUUUUAUUUUAGACUUAAGGUAUAUCAGUGUAAUGUACAGAAUAAUAACUCAUUCCAUGG